AUGCACACCCCUAGCAGUGACCAUAUAAGUAGCGGCAGUGACCAUAUUAGUAGUGGCAGUGAGGAUGAGGCAGAUUCUGUGUACUAUGAUUCACAAGAUCCACCAACUAUUGAAAAAGACUUGGAGAAUGAGGAUGGGAAUGAGGUUCAAUCAAGGUACAAUGAUAAGUACCCUAAAUACAACCCUAAAUCUGAUCCACUCUUUCUUGAAUUAGGCAUGUAUUUUGAUGAUAAUGUGCAGUUCAAACUUGCCAUGAUAAGUUAUGCUGUACACACCAAGAGGGAUUUAUUUUGGAAGAAGAAUUGUUUAAAGUAUGUUAGGGUUGAAUGUCUUGGAAAGAGGUGUGAAUUUCAUGUGAGUGCAGGGUGGGAGGAAAGAAUAAAGUGUUUUCAAUUGAAAGUAAUUAUGUUGGAUCAUAAAUGCAACACUCAAUUCACCUUAGGCAUUGUUAGUAAAAAAUGGUUAGAAUGGAAAUAUGAAGGCAAUGUUAGGCAGAAUCCAACUAUUGGGUAUUCAGAGUUGAGCAAAGAUAUAAAGUAUGAGUUGAACCUCAAUGUCACUGUCAGUAUGUGUCGAAGGGAAAUUAUUGGGAUUCUGAAGAAGCUUGACAUAGCGUAUGAGAGUCAAUUCAAAAGGCUUAGGGAUUAUGCCCAAGAAUGCUUGAAUUCUAACCCAGGCUUUACUGUGAAGAUUAAAACAACCAGAACUGUUCCUACUUCACCCUUGGUAUUUGAGAGGAUAUAUGUGUGUUUUAAUGCCAUGAAGAAGGGUUUUCUAUGGGGUUGUAUGAGGUUUAUUCGACUAGAUGACUGCUUUCUGAAAGGCAAAUUGAAGGGUGAGAUCCUCUCAGCUGUGUGUAGAGAUGGGAACAAUCAAAUGUACCUAAUUGCUUGGGUUGUGGUAGAGAUUGAGAAUAGCUCAUCAUGGAGGUGGUUUCUAGAGCUUUUGAAGGUUGACUUGGAGAUUGUGGACAACACUCAAUGGACUUUAUUGAGUGAUCAGCAGAAGGUAAAUCCACUUCAAUCCUAA